UGGAAGAUACAAGUUACAUGGAACCGUACGAUGAUCAGAGACCUCUGGGAGAUCAACAGGAAUGUAGGGAGAAAGUGACAGAAAAGGUCUUACAACUUUAUGAUUCUCCUUACCAUGAGCGAUACAAGUCUCUCCCGCAUGAAAGCUGCCAGCCAUCUGUGGAUGAAAGACCAGCGGAUGAAUAUGACCAACCCUGGGAGUGGAAGAAGGAUGACAUCAGCCGAGCAUUUGCAGUGCAGUUUGAGGGCUCUGGAUGGCAAUGCGGAUCUCCCCAUAUGAGGGCGCGCCUUCUACAGUCC